UCUCUCUCUCUCUCUCUCUCUCUCUCUCUCUCUCUCUCUCUCUAACACUCACACAAAUAUCAGUAUAAGCUGGGCCUCGGAAGCUUGCGUCGGAAGAACUGUGUCUGUGUCUACAAUCUCUGAAUCUCAGUUCGAGUUGUAAGUUUUGGGGGCUCAGCUCAUGGGUUCUAAUCCAGUUGAAGAUCUGAUAGAGGCUUCAUCACGGGUGCAUCUUUCUGGAUUUCACUUGAAUGGAUUGGAGUCAAGAAAUUCAGAGGUGGAGCAACCAACCACCUCAGCAACUGACCAUUUGCACAAGCAACCGUUUGUCAUUGGCGUUGCAGGAGGUGCAGCUUCAGGGAAGACUACAGUUUGUGAUAUGAUCAUCGAGCAGCUUCAUGAUCAGCGUGUUGUACUUGUUAACCAGGAUUCUUUUUAUCACAAUUUAACUCCAGAGGAGCUUACAAGAGUUCAUGAAUACAACUUUGACCAUCCUGAUGCUUUUGACACUGAGCAAUUAUUGUGUGCUAUGGAGAAGUUGAAGCAUGGGCAAGCAGUAGAUAUUCCAAAAUAUGACUUCAAGAGUUACAAAAGCAACAUCUUCCCAACUAGAAGGGUUAAUCCUUCGGAUGUGAUAAUUUUGGAAGGCAUACUCAUUUUCCAUGAUCCUCGUGUACGAGAUCUGAUGAAAAUGAAGAUAUUUGUUGACACGGCAUUGAACAUCAGUGCAGAUGCUGAUGUACGUCUGGCAAGGAGAAUAAGGCGUGAUACAGGUGAAAAGGGUAGAGAUAUUGGUAUGGUGCUUGAUCAGUACUCAAAAUUUGUGAAGCCCGCUUUUGAUGACUUUAUUCUUCCAACAAAGAAGUAUGCUGAUAUUAUCAUUCCCCGUGGAGGAGACAAUCAUGUAGCAAUUGAUCUGAUUGUUCAGCAUAUUCGGACAAAGCUUGGUCAACAUGAUCUUUGUAAAAUAUAUCCUAAUUUUUUUGUCAUUCAAUCGACUUUUCAGAUACGUGGCAUGCAUACACUUAUACGCGAUGCUCAAACAACGAAACAUGAUUUUGUCUUUUAUGCCGAUCGGCUGAUCCGUUUGGUUGUUGAGCAUGGCCUGGGACAUCUACCUUUUACUGAAAAGCAGGUGAUCACUCCAACUGAAUCAGUCUACACUGGUGUGGAUUUCUGUAAGAGGUUAUGUGGUGUCUCUGUAAUUAGAAGUGGCGAGAGCAUGGAGAAUGCUUUGCGAGCUUGUUGUAAAGGUAUCAAGAUUGGGAAGAUUCUUAUCCAUAGAGAGGGUGACAAUGGUCAGCAGGUUUGGAUGCCCCAAUUUCUCUCUUUCACUCUUCCCCAUCCCCCCAGCCUGUGGUCAUGUGUGUUGCCGGGGGUGUUCUACAUUUGGUUUUUACAUUGUGAAUGUUCGAUCAUCUUACCAAUUACUGUGCAGCUGAUUUAUGAAAAACUGCCACAAGACAUCUCAGAUAGGCAUGUUUUAUUGUUGGAUCCUAUCCUAGGCACAGGAAAUUCAGCUGUUCAAGCUAUUUCUUUGAUUUUGAAGAAGGGUGUACCGGAGUCCAACAUCAUAUUCCUUAAUCUCAUAUCUGCACCUCAAGGAGUGCAUGUGGUUUGCAAGAGCUUCCCUAGAAUAAAGAUCGUGACAUCAGAAAUUGAAAUUGGUUUAAAUAAAGAUUUCCGUGUUAUCCCUGGCAUGGGCGAGUUUGGAGAUCGAUACUUUGGAACAGAUGACGAUUGACCAGUAAGCUAUGGCUCCUCACUAUAGUUUUGGAAGACAUUUAUAUUUGUCCCUCACCGUCAUUAUUUAGUUGCAAUCAAUAGAGAGAAGGGUCAACUGAACUUGUUAUACAAAUAAUGUUUGAGUGCUGAACUUCUUCAGUUUUGAAAUGUUUUUUACCCCAUUUUGGACUUGGAAUUACCGGCUUUCUCCCCCAUUUCUUCUCUUUUUUUUGCAAUCUUUCUCUCGUGUUUCUAUACAUGAGGCGUAGUUGGGAUGUUUUGGUUGGCAUUCCUGAAUUAUGGGAAUUGGGUUAUGAAAUCAUUAUAGGUGAAGGAAU